AUGGUCUCCAGCAGGUUAAGCGGCGUCCUCGCCCUGCUGGCCACUUCGCUCUCAGUCGUCCAUGUCUCCGGCCAGACCUUCCAACGGCUAGGCACUUGCCCAACCCUGGGUUGCAUCCUGCCACCCGACCAGCAAGAUUUCCUCCCCGGACAGCAGUUCGACAUCCGCUUCGAGGUGCAUGCCCCCAAGAACGGAUCCGAGGCCUUCAACGAUGGAGUUCCGGACGAGAAGUUCACCGUCACCAUUGCCAAGGACAACGGGACGCCCAAGAGCAUCGCUUCUUUCUUCCAGCUCAAGGAUGAGCCUUCGCUCGAGAAAUGGACGUUUUCUUGGUUCGAGGACCUCUUCGCUCAGGAUGCCAAAACCCCUUCGGUCGUCAAUGUUGCUUCCAAGAUCUACCGCCGAGUUGCGCUGUAUGAGCCCGGUACCUAUACGGUUACACUGAACUAUUAUUCGGGAAAGACGACGACGGCUACUUGGGUUGUGAGGCCUCUUGCGACCAAGAAGAAGGCGAAGAAUGUCAUUCUCUUUAUCGGAGACGGUAUGACUACCAACAUGAUUACUGCUGCUCGGCUGCUCGGCCACAAGUCCAUCAACGGCAAGUACCAGAGUACUUUGCAACUCGACAAGUUUCCAACUUUGGGUCAUCAGAUGACACACUCUAUCGACUCGUUCAUCACCGACAGCGCAAAUUCGGCCUCUGCGCUGUAUACAGGACACAAGACUACUGUCAACGCUAUGGGUGUUUAUGUUGACUCCUCACCCGACAACUUUGACGAUCCCAAGGUCGAGAAUGUCAUCGAGCUUCUCAAGCGUAUCUGGGGUUCUGCCUGGGGCGCUGUCACGACUGCCUUCAUCGCCGACGCCACACCUACCGCUCUCACAGCCCACACGCGCUCCCGGUACGACUAUGGCGCUCUCAUCGAGCAAGCUCUCAACGGCUUCUCCAACACUUCGUGGACAAAGAUGGAUGGUCCGGAUGUUUACUUCGGUGGUGGCGCCGAACAGUUCCUUCCCGGCUCAGCCUCAUACCAGGGCAAGGACUACUACGCCGAGUUUGCCAAGAGGGGAUACUCGGUCAGCCUCAACAAGACCUCCCUGCUCGCUGCCCCGAACGACACAAGGGCGCUCGGUAUCUUCUGCAAGUCCAACCUCCCCGUCUGGCUAGACCGCAACAUUUUCCCCGAAAACACCCUGAAGCUCAAGAACGACCCCUCGGGCGCCUCCGGCCCAGCAAAGGACAUCCCGGGCCAGAAAGAAAUGACCCUCAAAGCCAUCGACAUCCUGCACAAGCGCGGCGGCAAAGACGGCUUCUUCCUCAUGUCCGAAGCGGCCUCCAUCGACAAGCAGAUGCACGUGCUGGACUACGAGCGCGCGCUCGGCGACCUUUUGGAGUUGGACGACACCGUGCGUGCCACGAUCCAAAAACUCAAAGACCUCGGCGAGCUCGACAACACCCUCAUCGUCGUCACCGCCGACCACGGCCACGGCUUCGACGUCUUCGGCGGCGCCGACACCAAGUACCUCGCCGCCCAGCACGACAAGGACGACCGGCACAAGCGCUCCGCUGUCGGCGUGUACCAUGAAUCCGGGCUAUCGCAGUACACGGUCGAGCAGCCGGGCAUCAGCUACAACACGGGGCCUAACUUCCCCGUCAACUGGGAUCCGCGCUACGUGAUCGCCGCCGGCACCGGUGCCGCGCCUGACCGUAGAGAGCAGUACGGUGUCGGCAAGAACGGCUCGCGCACGCCUGCUGUGACGCUGCCUGGUAUGGAAGCGAACGAUUAUUAUGUUAAUCCCACGGAUAGGACGGGCGGGUUUGUGGUUAAUGGCACGCUGCCUACGACUGAGAGCCAGGGCGUCCACUCGCUUACGGAUGUGCCGGUGUUUGCGCAGGGACCUUGCUCGGGGAACUUUGGGGGGGUUUAUAGCAAUACUGAUGUGUUCUUCAAGAUUGCGGAUUGCUUGGGGUUGGGACAUCCGACUAAUAAGACUAUUGGUGGGAAGGGGAGGUGA